AUGGCAUUGGAAAUGGAGAUCAAGGAACUGCUAGCAUUCAGUGAUUCCGAUUUACUUGUGCACCAGACGCUUAAGCAGUGGGUAAUUCGAGAUUCGAAGAUUAUGCUGUAUCAUUGUAACUUACUUAGUUUGGCCAAGGAAGCCGAUUGUAUGAUGAAGGAAGUGCAUAGUGGCAUUUAUGAACCACAUAUGAAUGGAUAUCCACUGGCUGAGAAGAUCAUAAGAACAGGGUACUUUUGGCUUAUUAUGGAGUAUGACUGUGUAGAUUUUGUCAGAAAAUGUGUCAAAUGUCAAAUGCAUGAUGAUAUUAUACGUGCUCCUGUUGCAGAAUUACACAGUAUGAUUGUUCUGUGGCCAUAUUUGAUGUGGGGAAUGGAUGUGAUUGGAACUAUUAAUUCUCCCAUUUUGAAUGGGCAUCGAUUCAUUCUAGUAGCAAUUGAAUAUUUCACUAAAUGGGUCAAAACCGCAUCUUACAAGCAUUUCAAGGUCAGACAUCGAAAUUCUGCUAUUUACAGGCCUCAGAUGAACGGAGCCGUAGAAGCCGCAAUUAAGAAUUUGAACAAAAUUAUUCGUAAGAUAACUGAAGCACACCGAGAUUGGCAUGAGAAACUGCCUUAUGCAUUGAUGGCGUACAGAACUACGAUCAGAACUUCUACCGGAGCAACUCAUUACUCUCUUAUGUAUGGAAUGGAAACAGCAUUGCCUACAGAAGUUGAAAUUCCUUACGCAUUCUAA